AUGCAAAAGGCACAUCUACGUAACUCGAUCGUAGAGAGUUUAACAAGUUGUAGCCAUAGCCGCACAAGGCAAGUGAAGAUGGUAAAGCAUGGUGCUUUUGCAGUCGCUUUGGUAGUUGGCUUCCUUGCAGCCAUUCCGGCAGCUGUUGAGUCCAUCGGCGUGUGCUACGGCGUGAACGGCAACAGGCUGCCCUCGGCAAGUGAGGUGGUGCAGCUCUACAAGUCCAACGGCAUCACCGGCAUGCGCGUCUACAACGUCAACGACGACACCCUGAAGGCCCUGAGCGGCAGCAACCUCGGCCUCAUCCUCGACACCGGCAACACGCAGCUCAAUGCCCUCGCUUCCAGUGCCUCCAACGCGGACGCCUGGGUCAAGGCCAACGUGCAGUCGCAGCAGGGCCUCACCAUCAAGUACAUCGCGGUCGGCAACGAGGUUCCCAAUCAAGGCGGCAGGACGCAGGACGUCCUCCCGGCCAUGAAGAACAUUCAAAACGCGCUGGUCAGGGCCGGCCUCGGCGGCAUCAAGGUGUCCACGGCGGUGCAUUCGGGCGUCACCAAAGGGUUCCCUCCCUCCCAGGGCACCUUCUCCGACGACGGCGCCCACAUGCCGCCCAUCGCGCAGUACCUCGCCAGCAUCGGCUCGCCACUGCUCGCCAACAUCUACCCCUAUUUCUCAUUCAAGGGCACGCCCAGCAUCGACAUCAAAUACGCCCUCUUCACCGCGCCGGGCACGGUGGUUCCGGACGGCCCCAACUCGUACCAGAACCUGUUCGACGCGCUUGUGGACACCAUGUACUCCGCGCUCGAGAAAGCCGGGGCAGGGAGCGUCCCCAUCGUGGUGUCCGAGAGCGGGUGGCCGUCGGCCGGCGACCCGGAUGCGACCGCGGCUAACGCACGGACCUACAACCAGAACCUGAUCAACCACGUCGGGAAGGGGACGCCCAAGAGGCCUGGGGCCAUCGAGGCGUACAUAUUCGCCAUGUUCAACGAGAACUUGAAGGGUGGGCUAGAGACGGAGAAGCACUUUGGGCUGUUCAACUCGGACAAGUCGCUGGCCUACUCCAUCAACUUCUAAAUCGAACAGACCGAUACGAACGCACGUACAUGGCAAGAUGAGGAACAUUUGCCUAUUAAUUUCCGUAUUUGAAUAAGAUGCCCGUAAAAUGCCAAAGCCUGAGGCAGGCGCUUUAAUUAUGUACUACUGUCUACUGGAGACAAAUGAUAAGAUGAUGCACUUUUUUUCUAA